GCUCGUUAAAAUGGUCAUUUUCGUUUGGUAAAACUGGUAACCAAUAUCAGUAAUACAAUCAUAUCAUGACGCUUGUCGGGUACCAGUGCGACUAUUUUGGAUCGAAAAUUUUCGCGAACUUUUUUUGUCUUCCCGCGAAAACCAAAGCAGGAGCCAAAGCUGAGCUACUAACUGUAAGAAAGCAAGAGAAGACAGGUUUUCUGAAGAGAAAGCUGUAACUGAUUAUCUUGCCAGCAUGGACAUCCCACAAGGAGAGCACUCGGAUGACAGUGACUUCGAGGAUGCCCGUGGAAAAAGAAGACCGAAACACGAUGGCGUUGGAAAGAAGAGCAAAAAACAUAAGAGUAAGCACCGGACGGAAUCAGAGGCGGAGAACGUCGGGGAACCAGUCACGCUGUUUGAGAUCGUCAGACAGGGCAAGGGGGCACUACAGACUGUAGUAGACGAGUGGAUCGAGUGCUACAAGUCCAACCGAGACACGGCCCUCUUAGAUCUCAUCAACUUCUUCAUCCAAUGCUCGGGAUGCAAGGGCACCGUUUCCUUGGAGAUGUAUUCCAACAUGGAGCAUAGUGACAUCAUCAGACGCAUGACCGAGGAGUUUGAUGAGGAGAGCGGCGACUACCCGCUGAUCAUCAACGGCCCCCUCUACAAGAAAUUCCGUCAGAAUUUCUGCGACUUCAUCUCGGUCUUGGUGCGCCAGUGUCAGUACAGCAUCCUGUACGAUCAGUUCAUGAUGGACAACGUCAUCUCACUGCUGACUGGGCUGAGCGACUCGCAGGUCCGGGCCUUCAGACACACCAGCACAUUGGCAGCCAUGAAGCUGAUGACCUCGCUCGUAAACGUCGCCCUCAAUCUCAGCGUCAAUCUGGACAACACGCAGCGGCAGCAUGAUACGGAGCGUGCCAAGCAGACCUCGAAGCGCGCCAGCGAGAGGAUCGAGAUGCUCCUGGCCAAGCGACAGGAGAUCAUUGAAAACACGGAGGAGGUCCAACAGAUGAUGAACAACAUCUUCAAGGGAAUCUUUGUCCAUCGCUAUCGUGAUACACAGCCAGAAAUCCGCUCCAUCUGCAUGGGAGAGAUCGGACUGUGGAUGAAGAAUUACAGCGAGAUGUUUCUAAGUGACAGCUAUCUCAAGUACAUCGGCUGGACACUCCAUGACAAGGUCGGCGACGUCCGACUCAAGUGCCUGUCGGCCCUACAGACUCUCUUCAGCAUCACAGAGCUUGUCCCUAAGCUGGAGCUCUUCACUAAUCGCUUCAAGGAUCGCAUCGUUUCCAUGACGCUGGAUAAGGAGACAGAGGUUGCCGUCCAUGCCAUCAAACUGACCACGCUCGUACUCAAAUACAACGAUGAGAUCCUUUCUGCUGAAGAUUGCGAGAAUGUCUACCAGCUAGUCUACGCCUCAAGCCGCUCCGUUGCCCAAGCGGCCGGGGAGUUCUUGAACGAGAGACUAUUCAAAAGAGAGGACCCCGAGAGCAGUAAGGCCAAACGGACCAAGCGACGCAGCGCCAAUGCCCCACUCAUCAAGGACCUGGUUCAGUUCUUCAUUGAAAGCGAGCUCCACGAGCACGCAGCCUACCUGGUGGAUUCCCUCUGGGAUAUUAACGAGAUGGUGAGAGACUGGGACUGUAUGACAGAGCUCCUGCUGGAAGAACCGGGACGAGGGGAAGAAGCUCUGGAUGAUCGUCAGGAUACAGCGUUGAUUGAAAUCAUGGUGAGCGCUGUACGUCAGGCGUCUCAAGGUCACCCACCGGUCGGCAGAGGGUCAGCCAAGAGGCAGCAGAUGCUGACUAGUAAAGAGAAGAAGACGGUGCAAGACGACAGGAUGAAACUCACCGAGCAUUUCAUCGUCAAGCUGCCGGAACUCCUGUCUAAGUACAAGGUAGAAUGGGACAAGAUCGCCAACCUGCUUGAGAUACCGCAGCAUUUUGAGGUGGAGAUCUACACCACCAGUCGUCUGGAGAAGCAUCUGGAUGCCCUGUUGCGGGAGAUGAAGGAGAUCGUGGAGAAACAUACGGAGAGUGAGGUUCUGAAUGCAUGUUCCAAGACCUAUGAAUGCCUGAUGCGUGAGCAGUACAGCACUACCCCCAAAGUGGACGUAGCACGGAACACUCUCCUCGACACCGUUGCCGAAAAGUUCCGUCGCAGCUUCGAAACGCUCCAAACGACGAGCCAGCCAAACGAAGAUGAGAUUUAUGAGAUUUCCUCCAGCAUCAAGAGAAUCACUGCGUUCUUUGUCUGCCAUGACCUGACUCCCUGGCAGCUCUUUGACAUGCUCUUCAGUCUCGUCAAGAAGUCAACAGAACGAGGCGACCUCCCAGAGUCCAUCUUCACCAACGCCAUCGCCUGCACUCACUACUCGCUGCUCUGGACCCUCACCAGGCUCGAUGAACACAACCCUGACAAGGCUGAGAUGCUGAAGCUGCGUAAGCGUACCAGCGAGAUCAUCCGCACCUGCUCCAAGCUUCUCCUGGACGGCAGCGACGGCAUCACGGAGGAGGGUUUCAUCACCAUCUGUGAUCUCCUGAUUGUCUUCGGCCGGCAGAUCGGCUCCAACGCCGUCCUGGCGCCGCUCAUCUACGAUCCCAACGAGAACCUGCAGAACAUGCUGUCGGAUUUCGUCCAGGAGCAUGUGUUUAUUGAGGAGGAGGAGGAUGAUGAUGAUGAAGAAGGUGAUGAUUCCCACAAGAUUGAGAUCCUCCACAAGCGACGCAACCUCCUCGCAUCCUUCUGCAAGCUCAUCGUCUUUAACAUCAUCGAGAUGCGGAAUGCUGCGGGAAUCUUCAAGCACUACAUGAAAUAUUAUAAUGACUAUGGAGACAUCAUCAAGAUGACGCUGGCAAAAGCGAGGGAGAACAACAAAAUUGCCUGUGCCCAAACCCUAGGACUUAGUCUCACUCAGCUGUUCCGAGAUGUCAAGAGCGAAGAAGGUUAUGAUGAGAACCGUACCGCUGUCCAGCUGACCGCAAUCAAGGAGCUUGCUCGGCGGUUCUCUCUCACCUUCGGACUUGACCAGAUCAAGACCAGGGAUGCGGUGGCUGCACUCCACAAGGAAGGCAUCCACUUCAGUCUGACGCCCAUGGAAGACCCCAACAACCCAGACGGUCCCCCACCUAACAUCCGUUACUUGGAGAUCCUGGCCGAGUUUACUCCUAAACUCAUGAAGAUGGACAAAAAGACGGUGCUAACCUACCUGGAGAAGAACCUGAAGGAAGGCAUGCUGGGAAGGGAGGAGGCGGAAUGGGGGCCGCUGCGCAUCUAUCGCAACAGUCUCCUGCAGGACACCUUGGGACCCGGCGAGCCGGGCGGCAAGUCGCACAAACACAUGAAGAAGCAUCGCAAGGGGGGUAUGAAAAGGAAACUGGCCAUGCAAGCGGCGGAUGAAGGAAACGAUAGCCACUGGAUGUCCAAGCACCACCCAAUGGGAGGACAUCACGGUAUGAUGAAGCGCCCUCGCAUGGAAGAAGAAAUCUCAUCUACGCAGGGUUCCGAACGCGACUUUGAAAGUGUGCCAGUAUCCCAGUCAUCAACAGCCUCGUGGUUGCAGAGCCAACCAAAGAACAAAAAACGAGCCAGAAACACGAGGAGCUACUCAGGAGUAGCUUCUAGGACUCGAUCGGGGGCCAGGCAUCCUCAUCAUCAUCACGUCGAAGAAGAAGAGGAGGAUGAGGAAGACGAAGAGGAGGAGGAGGAUGAAGAAGAAGACGAAGACCAAGACGAUGAUUUCCAAGAAGGACAGGCCAUGCAAGUCCUUGAGGAAAUGCAGAUGGGUCCGUUCUAAGUGUGAUGCUACGUUCUAUUGCGUGCUGUCUGCAAUUCAUCAUGAUAAACUGCAGUAUUUCAUUUUAAUCAUAUUCAGCAAAUUAGUUAUUAUUCAAAUCUUUUUACUUCAGACAAGAAUUAUUUGCUAUUAAGUUAUCUUCUGUAUGUACAGGAGAUGAAAUUGGUUGACAUUGAAUGUUAAUGACAAUUUACCCGUCCAGAUGUAAGCGGAUUUUCAUGUGUUAAUUAAUUUUAAUGUCCUACGGAAAGAAUUUUCUGGAAUAUCCGAAGGAACCAAUCUGUUAUUAUUGUACCCCUGAUUCCCUGGGAUAAUUUUAAGGAACCUUCCCCAAUCCACCAAAAUCCAUUAUUUUAAGGAAGCAGUGGUGAAGCUGUACCUUUGAAACUUCAUGUUUUUUUUUUUUAAGGAUUUGAGAAGUAUGCACAGUUUUCACGAAUACACUUAUUUCCAGCUCUCCCAUUCAGAUUUUUAAAUAUUAAUUUUUGUUUGUUUAUACAACGUGUAAAUAGAUUUGUUUCACUUUUGUUUUACUUUAUUUUCAAAAUGGUAUUCCCAGAUUUGGGAAACGUUUACUUAGAUUUUGAGUAGCUUAUACAAAAGUGGUCAAUAGUAGUAAAUGUAAUUUGUUAAACAGCAAAGCCUGGUGUUUAAAUUAUUCAAAUAGUUCAACCAUUGCUCGAAAAUAAAAGCUUAUUACAUGUUUUGCAUUUUGCCAUAAAAAAAAAGGCGAUUAUGAUGUUUACGUACCAGACAUUCGUUGACAGUGGCUUGUAUUUGAAAGUAUUUGUAAUAUUGUAAAUAUUUUGUUGUCCCUCCAAACUUUCAACGGUUCAUUUUGGUUGCAAUUCGGUUCAGAUUGUGUUCACGUUCAUCGUAAUCGUUUCCAAGUCUGAAAUUAUCUGUUGGCAACUCAUGUUUGUUGUUAAUAAAGGUUUGAAAAUGUCCCAGAAAUAAAAACACUU